AUGGCAGCAGCAAUCCAAUCCUUCUUCAGGCAGUCAACCUGGAUCCCCACACCUGAGUUGACCGAAAAGAAUCUACCCAGCCAAGCUGGUCGUGUUUUCAUCGUCACUGGCGGCUAUGCCGGCAUCGGCUAUGAGCUCAGCAAGAUUCUUUACCACCACAAUGGCACUGUCUAUGUUGCUGGACGUUCUGCUGAGAAGGGAAACAAGGCAAUCUCAUCGAUCCGCGAAGCUGUGCCCGACUCCAAGGGCAAGCUGGAGUUCAUGCAUAUCGAUUUGGCCGACUUGACUACAAUCAAGCCUGGAGUUGAGAAGUUCCUUGCUCAAGAGUCUCGUCUGGAUGUCUUGACCAACAACGCUGGUGUUAUGACACCACCCAAAGGCUCCAAAACUGCCCAAGACUUUGAACUGCAAUUUGGCACAAACGUACUUGGCUCUUUCCUUCUCACCAAGCUUUUGCUUCCUAUUAUCGAGAAGACCGCUGCCUCUUCACCGGCAGGCUCGGUGAGAGUGACCUUCGCCGGCUCUCUCGCCGUCGAUUUGAUGUCGCCCACUGGUGGUGUAGCCUGGACAGAUAAUGAGCCUACUCUUCAUGGAUCUCAGGAGACCAACUAUGGUCAAUCCAAGGCUGGCAACGCUCUUCUAGCCAGCGCUCUUCGUCGUCGUGUCGAGAAGUCUGGCGUCAUCUCAAAUGCAUGGAACCCUGGAAACCUGAAGUCGGAGCUCCAGAGACAUAUGCCAAGUGUGCAAGCCAUGUUUGUCAACAUGAUUGUAUACCCAGUUGUGAAUGGCGCUUAUACCGAACUCUUCGCCGGCUGGGGAGAAGAAGCCGGACGUCCGGAGAAUGCUGGCAAGUUCAUCAUUCCCUGGGGUCGAUUCGGACCUGUCCGUUCUGAUGUCGCGGAAGCGAUGGAGAAUGGGGGUGAUGAGAAACUCUGGGAGUGGUGUGAGAAGACUUCUGCUCAAUAUGCUUGA